GGGUUUGAUAAACACUUUUUAAGCUUUUUUUAAGUUAAAAGGUGAGAAGUGCUUUUUUAAUCAAAUACAAAUACUCCCAUAAUUUGAGCUAAUCGCCUAAUCUCACUAUUCUGUUCUCCUAUCACUGUUCUGUAAAGUGAAAACAAAAUAGCGAGCAGUUUUUCCGCAUAAUUCUGGCCGUUGGUUUCCAGAGUGCUGCUGCCUUUUGGUGUCCAUGGAGCGGAUAAAAGACACUACAAAAACCAAGCAGCAGGUAAACCUCUCAACCCUUCCCUAGCUACCUAAAUAGGUUUGUGCACACAUAGUAAGCAAACAAUAAAAUCUUUAUAACAAAAAAACUUCCUCUGCCCUUAGGCCUUGUAAGGCUAUUGAUGUGCUGACUUGCAUAAACAAUAACUAGCAAUGGCCCCAGCUGCAGCAGAAAAGAUCAAUCCUAGAGAUGUCUGCAUUGUUGGAUUUGCCAGGACACCCAUUGGUGGCUUCCUUGGCUCUCUUUCAUCAUUGCCAGCUACUAAACUUGGAUCCAUAGCUAUUGAAAGUGCUCUGAAGAGAGCAAGUGUUGAUCCAUCUCUUGUAGAAGAAGUUUUCUUUGGAAAUGUUCUGAGUGCAAACAUGGGACAGGCCCCUGCAAGGCAAGCUGCGCUGGGUGCAGGAUUACCAAACACAGUGGUCUGCACCACUGUUCACAAAGUUUGUGCUUCUGGGACCAAAGCAACUAUGCUUGCUGCACAGAGUAUCCAGUUAGGCAUCAAUGAUGUGGUUGUGGCUGGUGGCAUGGAAAGUAUGUCAAAUGUCCCUAAAUACUUUGCUCAAGCAAGGAACGGAUCUCGCUUGGGGAAUGAUUCUCUUGUUGACGGAAUCCUUAAAGACGGACUGUUGGAUGUUUAUAAUGAUUUUGGGAUGGGAAUAUGUGCUGAAAUUUGUGCUGAAAAUCACAAUAUCUCAAGAGAAGACCAGGACGACUAUGCAAUUAGAAGUUAUGAACGGGGGAUCGCUGCUCAUAAUGCUGGAGCGUUUACAUGGGAGAUUGUUCCGGUUGAGGUGUCGGUGGGAAGGGGAAAGCCAUCCACUGUUGUUGAUAAGGAUGAAAGCCUGGAGAAGUUUGAUGCUUUAAAGCUGAGGAAACUCCAACCAAGUUUCAAGGAAGAUGGAGGCACCGUGACAGCUGGCAACUCUUCCAGCAUGAGUGAUGGUGCUGCUGCUUUGGUCUUAGUAAGCGGAAAAAAAGCCAGUGAGCUGGGUUUAAACGUGAUUGCAAGGAUCAUUGGGUAUGCAGAUGCUGCUCAGGCACCUGAAUUAUUUACAAUUUCUCCUGCUCUUGCAAUUCCAAAGGCUAUAAAAAAUGCUGGUCUAGAAGCUUCUCAAGUCGAUUAUUACGAAAUCAAUGAGCCUUUUGCAGCUGUAGCUCUUGCAAAUAACAAAUUACUUGGACUUAAUGAGGAUAAAGUUAAUGUGCAUGGUGGAGCUGUAGCUUUGGGUCACCCUCUUGGGUCCAGUGGAGCCCGUAUAUUGGCUACCCUUAUCGGGGUGCUGAAGCAGAAGAAAGGGAAAUAUGGGGUGGGGAGCGCAUGCAAUGGGGGAGGAGGUGCAUCUGCCAUUGUUGUACAGCUAGCCGCUCCCAGAAUGUGAGAUUGGGUAUCCUUAAGCAGAAGGCCGAGGAAGUGCUGAGUAUCAAGUGAAUGUCUUCAUAUUUUGUGAUCUCCUUCCCAAUAAAUUGGAGUUCGUUUUGAGCACAUUGAAGUACAGUAAAUAAAUAAAAUUGUACAAGUAAACUCUGUGUGACAACUAUUAUCAUUUAGAUUUGCGUUCGCAUUCUUCGCCAAAAAGUGUGUGUUGACUUUAAACACAUUGUCUCUUUUAUCCUAAAGCGAUUCCUAACGAUAAAUGAUAUUGUGAUUUGUGACACAAGUAAUUUAAUACUCCGUAUAACUUUUUCAUUUCGAG